AUUACAUUCACUUCCGGUUUACUUCCCCCAUGAACGAAGAUGAAACUUGUUUAGCAGUUUCGCGUAAUGUAAGUUGAUGCUGACUCCAGACAAGAUCUGCAUCAGUAGCAGCAACAGAGGCUGGAAGCAAUAUGGAGAAGUGUUCAGUAUGCAAGAAGACAUUUUACUCACCUGAAGCAUUUAAGCAUCAUCUGAAAACACACACAGUUAGUAACAGCCUGCAGUGUGUUGAAUGCAAGAAAACCUUCUCACAAUACAAACACUUUGAAGUUCAUCAGAGAAUACAUUUCCUAGAAAAUCAGUUGAAAUCCAAGUCACAAUCGCUAAUAACUGACAAGAACUUUGAGUGUUCAAUAUGUUUCAAAGGGUUUUCCUUGCUGAAGCAGCUGGAGGCACACAAGCGGAUACAUGUGCUGGAGAAUAGAUUCUUCAAAUGCACUGUGUGUGGAAUCAUUUUCACUCAGCCACACAUUCUAAAUGCUCACAUGGAAGUACACCGAACUGCUAAUGUGUUUGUCUGCAAGGCCUGUGACAGGACUUUCACCAAAGCUGAUGAGCUUCUGGCCCACAUGAAGUCACAUCCAGUCGUGGUGGUCAGUCCUCCCCCGAAAUGUGGGAUUUGUGGGAAAUACACAACAAACCUGAAGAAACAUAAGCAUCUCUUACACCCUAAACCUGAGGAGACGUUCAUCUGUGGAGUCUGCGGGAUGAAAUUCAAUGAGUGCGAACAACUGGAAGUGCAUAUGAAGAUCCACACAGAGAAUCGACUGAAGAAGUGUCACAUUUGUAGUGAAGGCUUUAAGGGGGCUACAGCUUAUCGGAAACAUUUACUGACGCAUAUGAAGGACAAGUUAUUUGUUUGUAAGAUUUGUGGACGUACCAUGAGAAAGUUGCCAAUAUUUAUUUGUCAUGUGCGAAUCCAUACUGGAGGGAGGCCUCAUCUGUGUAAAGUUUGCGGAGAAAGAUUCCGGUUUUCCAGCAGUUUGUUCCACCACAUGCAGUCUCACGUUGGAGCAAGGCCUCAUUCAUGUGCAAUAUGCGACAAAGGGUUUAUCCAUAUGAGGCAUCUGAAAAAACACAUGUCAGCUGCCCAUGUUAAAAAGACAACCUCUGAAUCAAAACAGACUGAGGGGUCAUGGCGGCACAAGCAAAAAAAAAUGUUCCAUUUUUCAAAAAGCUUGAAAUUUACUUUGAGAAAAAAUACAGUCUCUGAGAGAAAGACCAGAAAUACAAAAAUGCUUUCAACAUAUUCCACCCAGUGUAAGAUGUGUCAGAAGAGAUUUCCAACUUCCAAACAUCUCAAUUUCCAUAUGAGAAAUUUGCAUCCUGAAGUAAAAUUUAAUUUUGAUGAUUCAUCUUUCACUUGUAUGCUGUGCCAGAGGACCUUUCAAACCAACAAGACUUUUACCUACCACAUGGAAAAGAUACAUGAGAUCGGUCAAGUUAGUAAAAAUCUGAAAGGGAAAUUAUACCAGUGUGAUGUCUGUGAAAAAGUGUGUGGCAGCAAAGCGUCAUUGACCAAACAUGCGAUAAAACAUAAAUGUGACUUCUCAUAUUCCUGUGGUGUGUGUGGAGGCUCUUUUCCUAGUUGUGAAGUGCUGACUCAGCAUAUGGAACUGGAACAUUUUGAUACUGUUGAUAACCCAGAGGGUGCUGCCUGACCUGCUUAAAGUGUGUACCAUUAUAUAUUUCAUUCUAAGCAUGAUAAGGACAAGGAAAACAUGUGUUUCUUAUCAGAAGUUUAUCAGAAGAAAAAAACAUGUUACCAGGUUUCAUUUCCAAUUUUGGAUUCAUCAUCUGGUGUCUGUCCAUCAUUAACUUCUGCAUAUUUGACAUAUUUUCUCAUACUUUGACUUUUUUGUCAUAUUUGUAUUUUUGAUCCAUCUACAAACAUUACCUGUUAUGUAUCCAUGUUUAAUUAUGCAUUUUUGUUACUGCAUUUUCAUAAUCUCUGAAACUAAAAGGCCUUUGCAGCUGAAACUUUGUAUUCAUGAUUCAAGGUAUGGUGUCUUGCAAACUUGUUCCGAUCCUAAUACUGAUCCAAAAUCGAUGAGAAAGGGUUAGUAUUUUUCUGUUAAUGAUAAUAUUGAGUGCAAAUACUGAUGAAAGCUUUUUUUUAAAGGAUAUUUCAAAGACUGAAAUUUUGUAAAAAGUGUAAGAUUCUUGAGAACCAUGGACUCAUGGCAUUGAGACUGUGUCCAUGUAAUGGCUAUGAGAAUAUCCAAGUUUGUUCCAGGUCUCACUGUUUGCAGUCAUCACUGGACAUACAUAAAUACAUUUCUUUCUUGAUAUUCUUGCACCAGUUUGUUCUUUAACUUACUACAGUCUUUAGUUUUAAAAUAUUGUACAAGUGUCCCAAAAAAUACGGAGCUACAAGGUAUUGCGGUAUACAGGUAUGUCAGUUAAACAGGUAAAGCCACCAUACUUGCAGCAAGGAAAGAUAACUCUUUCAUGACAAUCUAAUGUAUCUUGUUAUUCCUAGCAUAUUAAGACUGGAUUUUUUAUGAGGCAAAACCAAGGUAGUGCAAAGUGUGUUUCUUAAAUCAGGAACAUAUAUUGUAAGGAUCAAAGGGGUAACUUGCUUGAAAGUCUCUAUGGGAGUGCAUAUAUUUCGUUUAAAUAGAAUGAAUGGACCCAAUGUCCACAGUAUUUGGGGUAUAAAAAGAUAUCACACAUUUCAUAAAAUUGGAGUCAGACAUAUUGUCUUGCACCUUUUUGGGGGCGUUAGAGUACAGUCGUCUUGGGUGUUGCAAUUUUUUUGUAGAGUUCCAUCUCUCAGGCAUGCCAGAAACAAGUUAUUGUCAGUUCCACUUAGAAAUAUUGUUUUUUAUAAAAGACAUACAAUGAACUGGUUCUCACUCAUUCCGG